AUCGUAUCGACCCAGCAUUGAAUACGGUGGAAGGGAAUGUCGACUCGUGGCAAGUGUUGCCACCAAAUCCAGGCACGCAGGCCCACAUGGCGACCUCAUUCUUUCUCGACUAAUUUCAAGAGAAGCUUUCAUGGAAGACUUCCAUGGCUCCGACCCAUUGUCCAAUCUGGUUUGGUUGGGACGGGAGCAGGAUUCGUCAGAGCAGACGCAGCGAGGCAAAUCCAGAGGAGCAGACGAACCAGGGGUGGAUGCAAGUGGAGCCAUUCAUAAUCGAAACAGUCCGAACUAGGUCUUGAUGAUUGACAGGGUGAGUGGCCAGUGGCCAGCUGGCAUUGUGGGAUAGUAUGCAUGGUGCAUGACGGG